AUGGUGUUGUGUGGCUCGUCCAAGCGCAACGCGUCGGACCCGCCGCGGGCAUCGACGCGGACGCCCGCGGUGCCGCGGCGGCCGCAGCCGACACGCGAGCCUGCAGCGGUGGGCAGCGGCGACGUUGCGUGGUUUGCGGCUGAGGACGCCGAGUAUGACCGGCCGCUGGUAGUGCUGCCACUGGCGGCGGCAAGUGACGGUGGUGGCGGUGGCGGCGGUGGCUCGAGCGCGGCAGCGGCGAGCGAUAGCGAUGAGGCGCUGCGGUGCUUGGCAAUGGUGGGCGUGGUGUGCGGGCACGGCGGCCCGGGAGCGGCGGCGGCCGUGCUGGAGCUGCUGCCGGCAGCGGUGGCUGCGACAACAGCAGCGGAGCCUUGCGGGACGCCCGAGUAUUGGGCGGUGACGGCGGCGACCGAGGUCGACAACGCCAUGCAGGCCGACCACUCGCUGGCGUACGAGGGCGCGUCGGCGGCGUGGGCGGUCAUCGAAGCUGAGGAGACCUUUGUCAUUUCAGGCGUCAACGGCGACGACGAUGACGAGUGGGACGCCUCGGUCCACGUGCCUGAGUUCACCACCUCGGUUGUGCUCGGCUCGUCACGCAUGGGCGACUCGCUGGCCAACUUUGCCGACGCCGCGCUGAUGGUCCAUGUUCAUGUGGCGUGGGUCGGGGGACCGGCCCUGCGUAUGACCCGGGUCUCGACACCGCACGUUGUGAGCAAUGGCGCCGAGCGUGAGCGAGUCAUAUCCUCGGGUGGCGUCAUCGUCGCUGACAAGGUCCAAGGCGUGCUCGAAGUGACCCGCUCGUUUGGCGACGCUGGCGUCGCCGGCAAACUCGUCCACGCAAAGCCCGAUGUUGUCUCGCUCCGCGUCGAGCCCGACAUGCUCUGGCUGCUCAUGGUCUCACCGCAGCUCGACGCCGUGCUCAGCACUCCGUCGGUUGCCCGCGAGCUUCAGACCCUCAUCGGCGCCAUGAGCUCGGCCAACGACGUCGCCGCCAGCAUCGGCGAGUGGGCCUGUAGCCACGGCGCGCCAUCGUCGUCGCUCGUGGUCCUCAACCUUGGCGGCCUCGCCGCUUGA